AUGAAUUACCUCUCCACAGAGUUCUCCUUGUUCGGCAGAACAUUCACGCCCCUGCAUCUCCUCGCCGGCCUAGGCACCAUCACCUUCGCCACAACCACACUCACGGUCAUCCGCGCCCUACACAUCUACCUCCACCGCUCCAAGAUCUCCCGCUACCAUCAUCCGCUCAAAACCGUAACCAAGAACGACUCCAGGGUCGGUGCCUCGGACCAGCCCUGGGGACUAGUCACAGGUGCCAGCUCAGGCAUCGGGCUCGAAAUCGCGAAUCAGCUCGCUGAACGCGGCUUCAAUGUUAUCCUGCAUGGGCGGAAUGAGGCGAAGUUGGGGAAAAUCGUUGAGGGGCUGCAGAAGAAGUGGCCUGUGAGAGCGUUCAAGAUGUUGUUGCUCGACGCAGCGCUGAACGAGAUCCCCAACUUCGCUAAGACCGUACUCGAUUGCAUCAAUGGUCUGAACCUCACAGUCGUGAUCCACAAUAUCGGCGGCUCCGGUGAGCCGGUUGGCAUAAAAGUCGAGACGUUCGAAGAAUACGACGCAACAAAGGUGGAUAGCUGGAUCAAUGUUAACCUACGGUUCUCGACGCAGCUCACGCGCGUGCUGCUGCCGACGCUGAUCAAGAACCAGCCUGCGCUGCUGAUGUUUAUAUCUUCUGGGUCGGCGUUGAUCGCGGUGCCGUUUAUGAGCAUUUAUAGCGGUGCGAAGAUCUACCUCAACUCCUUCGCGCAGGUGUUGCGAGCGGAGUUCAAGUUGGCGGGGCAUGAUAUUGAGGUGCAGAGCCAGAUGCCGGGUACUGUUGCCACAGAGACAAGUGGUAGGUCAGAGAAAGACCGAGGCUUCACUAUGCCGAUGGCGGACGAGUGGGUGCGGUCGAUGUUUGAUAAAGUUGGCUAUGGGAGUCCGGUCUUUUCGCCGUGGUUUGGGCAUAGAGUGCAGGCAGGAAUUUUUGGUGCGCUGCCCAGCUUCGUGACUGAAAGGCUGAUCGUCAGUAUAAGUAAGAAGGUGCGGAAGGAGAUCAAUGGGGCCAAUCCGGCGACGAGAGAUACGUGA